GGCAGGAGAUUUGGAGCGAUCGAGGAGUCCGAGGGAACUGACUAAAAUUUGACAUACAGAGGGAUAUACUAUGGCCACAAAUUGUUUAAUCUGGUCACGCCCCUUCUGCAAUCUAAGUGUUGAUAAUCUUGCUGAUGUUCUUGACUUGUUGCAGAGAUAUGGCUUCCCAGAAACAAAGUGGCAUCAGCUUGGACUGAGACUAGGACUAAAGAAGAAUACACUGGAUGCUAUAGAAAACAAUCAUCCUCAUGAUGUAUCUCGUUGUAUGACAGAGUGCCUCUCCCAAUGGUUAGGUAGAGCUGAUAAUGUUGACAGUAGAGGAGGAGCCAACUUGGACUCACUGUCAAAUGCUCUACGAUCUAUGAAUGAAACUGCUGUAGCUGAGAAGUUAAAACAUCAUGUUCUUAUUAAUAUUUUUAAUAAUC